AUGGCACAAGGUAUCAUCAAGAAAACAACCAAGCCGUCCGCGGGCCCAAGACGGCCGCCGUCCAAGACGACAAAACCAGGUCCGCGCCAAGUCGCCCCCAAGAAAAUCUCUCUCAUCAAGCAGAAUAAACUGAACAAGAAAAUCAGCUCCGGCCUCGUCGCAAAAACGGAACGCACUCUCGCGCAAAAGGCGGGUCAUCUUGAGAUUCUGGCUGGUGGGAAGAAGUCGAAGGCGAAGGCGGGUGAUAAUAAGGGGGGUCAGAAGAAAUGA